UGUUUGAAAAAUAUUGAAAUGGCUGUUCACAUCGACGGGAUUUUUGACAAAAGCACGAAAGAAUUAAUAACUAACAGCAAAGUGUUAGUUGUCGGCGCCGGAGGAAUUGGAUGCGAACUUUUAAAAAACCUCGUCCUUACCGGCUUCGAAAACAUCCAUGUUAUCGACUUGGACACCAUCGACUUGAGCAACCUCAAUCGCCAAUUUUUGUUCCACAAACAACAUAUCGGAAGACCCAAAGCUGUGGUUGCCAAAGAGAGUGUCCUCAAGUUCAAUCCCAAUGCAAAGAUCACUGCCGAUCACGAUUCCAUCACCAACACAAAAUACAAUGUUGAAUUUUUUCGCCAAUUCAGUGCCGUCACCAACGCCUUGGACAACAUAGGUGCCAGGAGCCACGUGAACCGGAUGUGUCUGGCGGCGGACGUGCCGCUGAUAGAGAGCGGGAGUGCCGGAUACCAGGGACAGACCACGGUCUACAGGAAGGGCAAAACGGAAUGCUUCGAGUGCACCCCCAAGAGGGCGCCCAAGACAUACCCGGGAUGCACCAUCAGGAACACCCCUUCGGAACCCGUCCACUGUGUCGUCUGGGCCAAACACCUGUUCAACCAACUCUUCGGGGAAACAGAUGCAGACGAAGAAGUGUCACCUGAUGUGGCGGAUCCUGAAUUAAGCGAACAGUCCCUGGAAGCCAACGACAAGGGAAACGUGGCCAGAGUGUCCACGAGAGACUGGGCCAAGUCCACGGACUACGACCCCGAAAAGCUCUUCAACAAGCUGUUCUCCGACGACAUCCAGUACCUGAACACCAUGGUUGAUCUCUGGAAGACCAGGCCCAGGCCCCAGCCACUCUCCUGGAAGAAUCUCCCGGAUGCAGUGCCCAGCAACAGCAAGCAACCGGAGGUGUUGAUGAAAGAUCACGCCAUCUUGUCCCUCAAGCAGUAUGGGGACAUGUUCGAUGCCAGUGUGCGACACCUGUGGAAGAGGGCCAAGGAAUCCGACCAAGUGCUCAUCUGGGACAAGGAUGAUGACGUGUGCAUGGACUUUGUGGCAGCCUGUGCCAACCUUCGUAGUUUUUGUUUCUCCAUCUCGCUCAAGAGCAGGUUCGACAUAAAAGCGAUUGCGGGCAACAUCAUCCCUGCCAUCGCCUCCACCAAUGCCGUGGUGGCUGGGCUCAUCGUGGUGCAGCUCCUCAAAGUCCUACAGGGAGACCUCAACAAGUGUCGAACGUGCUACGUGACGGAAAAUUACUGCAGCAAGCAGAAGUUCAUUUCCUCCUGCGAGAUCUGCAAGCCCAAUCCCAAAUGCUACGUCUGUACAUCCAAAGGAACCGAAGUUUUUGUGAUGCUGAAUUCACAUACAGCUACAAUCAAAACUGUAGAAGAAAAAAUAUUGAAGGAGAAAUUGCACAUGGCUCAGCCGGAUGCAGUGAUCAACGACGGAUCUGGGAAAAUUCUCAUCUCCAGUGAUCCCGACGACAUAGACGAGGAUGUGAGGGGGAGGACUCUGCUGGAAUUUGGCAUCGCCUCGGAGACCAGGCUCAUGUGCGAAGACUUCCUGCAGCACUACAAAAUUGUCCUCGUUUUAGUCCCCAGCAAGGACUUUGCGGGUCAAGACUUCUGGAUCACCAGCAACAUAGACGAACUCGGACCCGAAGACGAGAUACCGUUCAAGAAGAGGAAGGAGAUUGACGAAGUGUCCCUGGAUGUGGCCAAUAACGAUCUCCCGCCGAGGAAAUCCAAGUCUUCGGAGUUGGAAAAUGGGACGGAAGAACCCCCACUCAAGAAACUCAAGGCCUGAGCUUCCAAAAGACUGUAUAUUUAUUUUCCUUUUUUUUUAUAUACUCAUUUUCCAAGUAUUCAUGUGCAAGUGGCAUUUUAUC